AUGCAAAAUUUGGUUAUUGGAAAUUUAAAGAUACUGAAAGUUAUUUCAGGAUCAAUUAAAUAUCCUUGUAUUUCUAUAGAUCAGUGUUGUGAAUAUGGUAGUUCCAAUGAAUUUCAAUUGGAAUUGGAACAUGACAAAAAACAAUCACCAUCUAGCAAA